AUGAAGAUCAAGACCAUCAGCAGGUCUUCUGACGCCUAUGUCCCUGUCAGGAAUACCCAGGAGUCUGCGUUGCCCCGGAACUUGAACCCGGCUUUGCACCCGUUCGAGAGAGCCAGGGAAUACACAAAGGCCUUGAAUGCCACCAAAAUGGAAAGAAUGUUUGCUCAACCAUUUGUUGGUCAAUUGGGAGAUGGCCACCGCGAUGGAAUAUACUCCAUCGCCAAGAACUUCGACACCGUCAACCAGAUGGCCACCGGUUCGGGUGACGGUGUCAUAAAAUACUGGGAUUUGGUAUCUCGCGAAGAGAAGAUUAGUUUCAAGGCCCACUAUGGAAUGGUCAGUGGGCUUGUGGUCACACCAAAUACACAUAACAUGUUGUCGUGUGGGGACGAUAAGACCAUCAAGUUGUGGUCGGUGAACACCCAGGACUUCAACACCACCAUAGGAGAUCAAGACAUAUAUGACCAGAAAGACAACGGGCUUCUCAAGACCUUCUUGGGAGAACACGCAUUUAAGGGGAUGGACCACCACCGAGAUGACGGGGUGUUUGUGACGGGAGGCGCCAGCAUCCAGCUCUGGGACAUCAACCGGUCCAACUACAUUUCUAACCUUUCAUGGGGAGCAGACAACAUAAAUACCGUCAAGUUCAACAAGACGCAAACCAACAUAAUAGCAUCGGCCGGGAGCGACAACUCGAUCGUGUUGUACGACACGCGGACCAACUCCCCUGUGCAAAAGGUGGUGACGAGUUUACGAACCAAUGCUCUUAGUUGGAAUCCGAUGGAAGCAUUCAACUUUGCCAGUGCCAGUGACGACCACAAUGCCUACUACUGGGACAUGCGGAAGUUGAAGCGGUCCUUGAACGUGUACAAGGAUCACGUGUCAUCGGUAAUGGACUUGGACUUUUCUCCUACGGGAGAAGAGCUUGUCACUGGGUCUUACGAUAAAACCAUUCGAAUCUAUAAAACCCGACACGGGCACCUGAGGGACAUCUACCACACAAAGAGAAUGCAACGGGUACAUGUGGUGAAGUUUUCCACCGAUUCUAGGUAUAUUUUCAGUGGGUCUGAUGACUAUAACGUGAGGAUCUGGAGAACGGUUGCAAAUGACCGGGCCAAGGUCAAAUCGGCUCGGGAAAGGGCUAAGAUGGAAUAUGACACCGCCCUUAAGGAAAGGUUCAAGUACAUGCCCGAAAUCAAGAGAAUUGCCCGUCACCGACACUUACCACACACGGUUAGGAAAGCCAGAGAGAUCAAGAGCAUCGAGACCGACUCUCUCAAGAGAAGAGAAGACAACAAGCGAAAGCACAGCAAAAAGGGAGCUGUUCCGUAUGUGUCAGAGCGGGAAAAGCAUAUCCGUGGAACUUCCAUCAAAGAAGAUUAA